ACUCGGUCCUCCUGUUUCCCGGCGUGCCGCGCGGCCCGGAAGCGGCGGGUCGCUAUGGAGGAGGACGAGCCCGAACUGGCGGCGGGGCUGGAGGCGGCGCUGGAGCUGGCGCCCGCCGUGCAGGCCGCGAUCGAGCAGGUGUUUCCCAGCCAAGAUCCCCUGGACAGAGCAGAUUUCAAUGCUGUGGAGUACAUUAACACUCUCUUUCCCACUGAGCAAUCUUUGGCAAACAUCGAUGAAGUUGUGAACAAAAUCAGAUUGAAAAUAAGGAGGUUGGAUGACAACAUUCGAACUGUAGUGAGGGGACAGACGAACGUGGGACAGGAUGGCAGGCAGGCCCUGGAAGAAGCUCAGAAAGCCAUCCAGCAACUCUUUGGUAAAAUUAAGGAUAUUAAAGACAAGGCUGAAAAAUCAGAACAAAUGGUUAAAGAUAUCACGCGGGAUAUCAAGCAGCUAGAUCACGCCAAGCGUCAUCUGACCACCUCCAUCACCACCCUCAAUCACCUGCACAUGCUGGCAGGAGGAGUGGACUCACUGGAGGCUAUGACCAGGAGGAGACAGUAUGGGGAAGUUGCCAACCUCCUCCAAGGCGUUGUGAAUGUGUUAGAGCACUUCAACAAAUACAUGGGGAUUCCUCAGAUUCGGCAGCUUUCUGAAAGGGUGAAGGCAGCGCAAAAUGAAUUAGGACAGCAGAUCCUGGCUGACUUUGAGGAAGCCUUUCCUUCUCAAGGUACAAAGAGGCCUGGUGGACCCAGCAACGUCCUGCGUGAUGCGUGUCUAGUUGCAAAUGUCCUGGAUCCCAGAAUCAAACAGGAAAUCAUCAAGAAAUUUAUUAAACAACACCUCUCGGAGUAUCUGGUCCUUUUCCAAGAGAACCAAGAUGUCGCCUGGCUGGAUAAGAUUGACAGGCGCUAUGCUUGGAUAAAACGUCAGCUGGUGGACUAUGAGGAGAAAUAUGGGCGCAUGUUUCCCCAGGAGUGGUGCAUGACAGAGCGCAUCGCUGUGGAGUUCUGUCACGUCACAAGGACUGAGCUCUCAAAGAUAAUGCGUACAAGAGCAAAGGAGAUUGAGGUCAAAUUGCUUUUGUUUGCAAUUCAGAGGACAACCAACUUUGAAGGACUUCUGGCUAAACGCUUCUCAGGUUGCACUCUAGGUGAUGGGACAGUGAAAAAGCCAGAAGUGCCUCCUCCCUCUACCAACCCAUUUCUCGAGGAUGAAGCUGGGACAGAGACAGAUGAGAUUGUAAUUGAAAAAAGUGAUGCAGAAAAACCAAAGAAGCCAAAGGCCCCUGACAAUCCUUUCCAUGGCAUUGUUUCCAAGUGCUUUGAGCCUCACCUUUAUGUGUAUAUCGAGUCCCAGGACAAAAAUCUCAGCGAGCUGAUCGACAGGUUUGUGGCUGACUUCAAGGCUCAAGGUCCUCCCAAGCCCAACGUGGAUGAAGGAGGAGCUGUCCUGCCCAGCUGUGCCGACCUCUUUGUUUACUACAAGAAGUGCAUGGUGCAGUGCUCCCAGCUCAGCACGGGCGAACCGAUGAUAGCCCUCACCACCAUAUUCCAGAAGUACCUUCGGGAAUAUGCCUGGAAAAUUCUGUCUGGAAACCUGCCCAAGACAACUAGCAGCAGUAGCGGGCUCACCAUCACUAGUUUGCUGAAAGAAAAGGAAGGCUCUGAAGUGGCGAAGUUUACUUUAGAAGAACUCUGCCUCAUUUGCAGCAUCCUUAGUACAGCAGAGUACUGCCUGGCGACCACCCAGCAGUUGGAAGAGAAACUCAAAGAAAAAGUGGAUGCAAGUCUAGUGGAGAGGAUCAACCUGACGGGAGAGACAGACACUUUCAGCAUCGUGAUCUCCAACAGCAUACAGCUGUUAGUACAGGACCUGGAUGCUGCCUGUGACCCUGCCCUGACUGCGAUGAGCAAGAUGCAGUGGCAGAACGUGGAACACGUUGGCGAUCAGAGUCCUUAUGUCACCUCGGUAAUCCUCCACAUCAAGCAGAACGUCCCCAUCAUCCGCGACAACCUGGCAUCCACGAGGAAGUACUUCACUCAGUUCUGCAUCAAGUUUGCAAACUCCUUCAUUCCCAAGUUCAUUAACCACCUCUUCAAGUGCAAACCCAUUAGUAUGGUGGGAGCAGAACAGCUGCUGCUGGACACCCACUCCCUGAAGAUGGUUCUCCUGGAUCUGCCCUCCAUUGGGUCCCAGGUGGUGAGGAAGGCUCCCGCCAGCUACACGCGGAUAGUGGUGAAAGGCAUGACUCGGGCUGAAAUGAUCCUGAAGGUGGUCAUGGCUCCACAUGAGCCCCCGGUUGUAUUUGUUGACAAUUACAUCAAGCUCCUUGCUGACUGCAGCACAGACACUUUCCAGAAGAUACUAGACAUGAAGGGACUGAAGAGGAGCGAGCAAAGCAGCAUGCUGGACCUCUUCCGCCAGCGCCUCCCGGCACCGCCCUCUGGAGCGGAGAGCACCGGCUCCCUCUCGCUGAGCACUCCUACGCCGGAGCAGGAGUCCUCUCGGAUACGGAAGCUGGAGAAGCUCAUCAAAAAAAGACUCUAAGCCCGCAGAAGAAGAGGCUGUUGCUCAGGACUGGCUGCAGUUGCUAGGAGCAAAGCUCUUCGGACUUAGGUUUUUCAGAAUGCUGCUGCUGAAAAAUUCGUGUCCCGUGA